AGCAACCGAGUAACCAAUUGGCUACAUUAUCCAGAAUCAAACACCACCCAAAACCUCCAAAAUUGUCCCUAUCCACUUUGAAUAUAUUUAAAGGUGGAAGUUGCCAUGCACUCAAAUUCCUUCUAAUUUCAAGAAUAUUAGUGGCCAUAACCAAAGUCCGUUAUCUAUAAUUCGAAUUCCAAAAAGAAAGAGAGAAUAAGAGAAUGCUGAAAUUUAUUCACUGAUGUUACUAAUUCACGAAGAGGGAAUGGAUUCCAUGAGAAAGUGUAUGGCCAUCGUAUUCGUAGUGUAGAAGGGAAAGGGUGGAAUUGUAAUUUGAGGCAUGAGGAGCUGGCUGGGUAGUUGGUUGUUGACUGAGUGGCUCUCUUCAUUUAUUAUUUGCAUUUAUAUUCAAAAACGGAACAGAACAAAGUCAAGAAGCCAUGGAGGUGAUGCGUCACUGUUCAAGGUUCCUUCUUCCUCCCAACACCAACGAUACUCGUUUUAUGAGGUACGCUCUUGUGGUCCUCAAUCAACGUCUUCCUAGAUUCGCUGCUCUCCUUUGGGACCACGCGCAGGUGCGAGUGUGUGCUGAUGGAGGUGCCAACAGGGUGUUUGAUGAAAUGCCUCUUCUCUUCCCUCUUCAACAUCCUUCCCAUGUUCGCUCCAGGUACAAGCCAGAUGUAAUCAAAGGCGACAUGGAUUCUAUCAGGGAAGAUGUCCUUCAUUUCUAUACAAACCUUGGGACAAAGAUACUUGAUGCUUCUCAUGAUCAGGAUACUACCGAUUUGCACAAAUGUGUAGCAUACUUACAUGACCUAACAACACCAAAUACUGAUGAAUCAGCUUUGUGUAUUCUUGUUGCUGGAGCUCUUGGUGGGAGAUUUGACCAUGAGAUGGGAAAUAUCAAUGUUCUCUGCCGAUUCUCCAGCACACGAAUUAUCCUUCUAUCUGAUGAUUGCCUUAUUCAGCUUCUUCCAAAGAAUCACCGCCAUGAGAUAGUUAUUCAAUCUUCCGUCGAGGGUCCGCAUUGUGGACUUAUUCCCAUUGGGAUGCCAUCUGCAAGUUCUACCACCACCGGACUCCAGUGGGACCUCAAUGACACGGAGAUGAAAUUUGGAGGUUUAAUAAGCACCUCAAAUAUUGUAAAAGGGGAUAUUGUAACAGUAGAGUCUGAUUCAGAUCUUCUUUGGACUAUUUCUAUCAAGAAACUGUAGCUUUUAGAUGUUACAAUGCAUAUUACUUUUGUAUUUCUGAUCUUCCACAUCUAUACGGAUAGGUCAUAUUCUAUUUAAAGGCCAGAGGUUCUGCUGGCUUUUUCUUAUGUUUCAUUCUUUACAUUUUAAUGUCAAAUAUGGGUGGGAUGGAAGUCAUUCGUUUUGGUUUGAU